CCCCUGACAGCAAGUGCUGUAAAUGAAGACAUCAUCCUGCUUGCUGAAUUUUCUGAGAUCGAGGGCCCAAUGCCACUUCUGACAAUUCCACGGUGUCAGCCUUCACACUUGGACUUAAAUGACUUUGUAGUGAAAGUGAUGUCAACCGAUUACUUAAACACAAGUGGUGAGUUUCGUGUAUGUGCAGAUACCCAAAUGGUGCAACAGGAUAUAGAACCUGGCAUACAUGUAUAUGUACAUUAUUUCACUCUCUAUGAUGUAAGAGCGCGAGGAUUUGUUAGACCCAUGUGUCUGUCAUACAUAUCCUCUGACUCAAGGAAACUCCUCCAUUACUUCUCACAUCUAAGAUUGCUUUUUAGUAAGGCAACCAAAUAUUUGAAGUUGAGCAACCUCACUCGAUUCACAAAUGAAAUGCAGGAACUUAUUACAGAUCUUGAGUACACAAAGGACCGUUAUAUCCAAGUUCAAAGGCAGUUUUCAAUUGAUAUGGAAUCCAGCCCAUUACCUCAAGAGAUGGCAAAAACUCCAGAAGAGAUACUAAACAUUCCACAAUUAUCCACCAAAGAUGAUGACCAAACUAAAGUACAAAGAGCAGUAAGAGAAAUAUUUAGUACCGCAGCAGCUACAGGGAUUCCUCACUACAAUGGGCUUUUAGAAGAGGCCGUUCUCACAAGUUUGGGUUCUGUAGGUUCAGACAAGCAAGACGUAGAGGCAGCAGAACAAAAACAAUCCACUGCAAGUAUGAGAUCUCUGACCCCAGUAUCUUGCAACCUGUUAAAUUCAGAUGAUGAUGAAGAAGCACUGUUAAAACAUACAACACUGGAAGCUGUUGCUAUGCAGCUUAUGGAGUGCCAGCAUAUUAUGGAUAUUGUAAAACCUCAUAUGGACAAAAAGGAUAUUGAAGAAGACCUAGCUUGUCUUGCAGACCAGAUCCGAUCAAACCCCCAGUCACCUCUUUAUAAGGCCAUGUCCAAGUUGUCUAUGCUUGAUGUCGCCAAAGAGAAAACUAAACCAGCUAUAUGUGUUUUGUCACUGAUGAAAAGAAAUUUCCGUGAUAUGCGUUCUGUGCAGCUUUUGUGUGGUGUGGGGUACAUCACGUGUCUUAUAAAGCUGCAGUCAAUUCAUGAAAGGUUUAGUAAGCCUUUCUUAACUUUGAUAUUUGAAGACCUAGAUCGAGAAAUUCAUGAGAAUCCUUUUGGCUCCUUAUUUGUUGGCAAUAUUCCCAUCAUUAAUGUUGCCAAAUUGAAAGGUAAUAUUCCAACGGUGAAACCAAAGUCAUAUUCAGCGCUCUGCUGGGAUGAUCAUUUUGUUCAAUUUCUGGGUGUUGAGGCAUCACAUGUAGCAACACCAGAUUCUGAGUACUCAGAUGCCUUUGAUUUGCCCAAAGAUGGUCCUUAUGUGGCUGCAGCGGCAGACUGUCUUGAGGUAUUUCCAGUAAUGAGAGCAUCUGACAGUGGCACAGCCAGGCAAGCAGAGAGGAAGGAAGGCAUGACCAAGGCUUCAGAGAGUAAGAAAAACCUGGAGUCAAAGUCUGAGCUGCCUUUACUUGAUGAAAGACAAGCAGAUGAUAACACAGGGGCCAGUGAGCCCAAUCAACAGGAUUUAAAUCAAGUAGAUGGAGGUUGUGUUGGUGGAAGUUGGGCCUCUCUAAUUCCAGAUCUAGCAGGAUUUGAGGAGAUUGAAGAGGAAGAAGAAGUGCAAGAAGAUAUAGCUAUGGCACUAGGAGAGGAACUCAUAACAUAUGUUGGCAUUAGAGAACGAAUGAUUGCAAGUAAAGUUUGUCGUCUUUCUGGGCUAGUACAGCAGUUUUGUGGAGUGUCACACUGUCUCAUUCACUCACUGCUGUCGGGACGUCCUGUUGUCCUUGCUGCAGCUGACCAGUAUCGCUCUUUGGUAAUGCUGUAUGUACGGGCACUAUCUACUUUACUUCCACGCUCACCACGGCAAAAACUGCCCAUGUUAAGGUGGCACACUGGCACCAUAACAAGUUUUCAUAUUCAGCAUUACCGUGUGGUAGGGCUGUGUAUCCCAGAGAGACUUCAUGUUCAGGAUCUCAUGUCUAAUUCUACACUGAAUCAAGUCACAGUUCUGAAUAUUGAAACUGGCCACAUAUCAGGGGUAGCGUACAGUGGAACUCUGGUACGAGGAGUGGAACAGUAUGGCCGCAGACUGUUUCACUCCAACUCAGCACUUCAAGCAGCUUUACAAGCAAUUCUGGUUACUUUAGGCUUAAAGAUAUAUUUGUUAUACCAUCUUCUUGAGACUACUGAUCGUAGUGCCAAUGACAUACUGAAGGGAAUAGGAAUAGCCAAAGGGGACUGGGACAUUAUAAAAUAUUUGACUAGCUUAAUACAGGCACAGCUGAAAAAUGCAUAAAGUUAACCUGAUGGCAAAUUAGUACUUAAUUUAGUAUGAUAAAAUUAUAUAGCAGUGAAUGAAGAAUACUUCCAUUACCAUGUUAAAGUAUUUCAGGAAUUAAUGUGAUGACAAUUUUUUUACACAAAUAUAAUUGUAUAUACACUUAUGCGACAAAUUUGUGUAUGACAGAUUUUUCAUGCAGUUUUUUUGUGACCAUUAAUAAUCAUAGUUAGUGAAUUUAUUUAUAAAAAAAAAAAAAAAA